AUGUUUUGCAAAUUUAUUAUGAAGGUUGGGAUUUAGACCAUGAGAUAUCAAAUUAGACCUUGUAUUGCUUAUAGAAUUAUUGCAAAUAACCACUUGAACUUGCAUAAUCUGAAUGCCUUUUAGAUUAACUAAUUAACACGUUUCGCAGAAGAAGAGGAGGAUGAUUAAAACGAAUUGAAUUUGAUUAAUUGUUUGUCGGAGGUGAAAUCUAUAAAAGGAUAUUGA